CGGGGGGAGCCGUUCCAUGGCCGGAGCUGCCGUGGUGGGGCUGCGGGAGCUCCGCGGCGAUGGCGACACGGCGGUGUCGCCCCGCGGCCACGCCAGGACCUUCCCUUGUGCCCAGGGCGUCCCCAGGCUGCGUCAUCCGCUCCGUGCGCUGGACUCGCCCCUGCCAGCCGGGCUGAGAUGGCGGCGAGCCGUGCGCUGAGGGCCCUGCGCCUCCCGGCCGCGUCCUGCGCCCGCGGCAACUCCAACCGCGCCGCCGUCGGCCACCUGCACCGGCAGCUCUACGGCCGCCGCUACCCCGUGCUGCUGGUCAACACCGACGGCUCCACCGUCCGCCUGCGCUACAGCGAGCCCAAGAGGAUCCUCAUGAUGCCCCUGGACAGCAACACGCUGCCCGAAGCCGAGCGCAAGGCUCGUCUGCGCCGGCACUUCCCCAGCAAGCCUAAGGCCAAGGAGGAGGAAACCUUCGAGGGCAUCGACCUGGACACCUACAAGAAGUUCUGGAAGAAGUGAAGCGCUAUUUAUGUAUAAAUCCAUAAAUAAAAAUAAUACACGAGUA